AUGGCCGAUGACCACCAAAGCCCUUCGGCGACCAUGAAGCGGGUGUCGAGAGCAUGCACCUUCUGUCGCGCCCGCAAAUCGAGAUGUGAACUGGAAGCUUCAGGCGGCCAACCCCCAUGCGCAAGAUGCAAGAAAGAAAAUCGCGAGUGCAUCCUGGGGACCUCAAACCGUGGCGGAAGCCGAGUGAGGAAGAAGUUACUUUCCACCACCAGUCUCUCUGGCCUGUCCCACCCUCCGACCUUGACGCCCCUUCUCGAGACAGAUCCCCAUGCCGACACCAGCUCUAGAUCCCAUUUGCGACCUCCUCCAUUUCUGCGACCCUCCCCUCUCCAAGAUCGAUCCGCGACUGCAGGCUCGGGAAGUGGUGUGGGAGGAACAACCACUAGUACCAACGCGGCCGACGAUGACGACUCGGUAUCGACGACAGACAGCACAAUCGGAGACACUAUACCUAGAAAUCCAUCAGAUGCAUGGCAAUUAUUGAAAGAUGUGGCAAACCGGGAGGCAGAUCAGUUACACGCGAAAGGAGGAAUAAGCCAUCAGGAUGAUCUAUCGAAUCAAGAUAUGCAGAAUGGAGCGAGACCAGAGCCCAGAGGGUCCAUCAAUGGCAUCCACGCUGGAAUCUCGACGUAUCGACUGGUCCGUGAAGGCUACCUUACGCCCGAGAUAAUACAAAUGCUAGUUAGACGAUUUGCCGAGCACUAUCACCCGUACCUUCCCUUGGUCCCGCGCAAAUACUUUGAUCCUGCUCAACUGGAUGUCUUCGCGGUCAACGACAAACACCUGUUGACGGCCGUUAUCACCAUCUCGUCCAAGGAUCUUAUCGAACAGCCGACGAUUCAUACCUGCUGCUCUCGUUACAUGCAUGACCUGAUAUCGGGAAUCGCGGCUGGCCAUGAUUGCGAUGUCGAGGCAGUCGAGGCACUGCUAUUGCUCGCCGAGUGGGAGCCGCAAGGCCUGCGAAAUCGGAUCGAGGCCGUGGGCAGAGGUGAGGAGGAUCGGUCAGCCUGGAUGCAUGUUGGUAUGGCUCUUCGAACAGGCUAUUUCCUCGGCCUCGACCGAACCUCAUUUCGACAAGAAACCGCCGAGGAAGCGAGGAUCGACGGUCGCAAACGUCUAGCUUGGGCCAAUUGCUAUGUCUCAGACCGAUUGAUAUCGGUGAGGAUUGGAAAGGCAUUCUGGUCCAGAGGACCUGGGCCCAUGACUGGCCUUUCCUCCCAAGACUUUCCCUCGUUACAACCAUUGAACCCCGGGGACGAAGAUUAUGCCAAAAUAAUGCAAGCAACCCUGGAUCUCACUCAGCUCUACUCCAAUGUACACGACGUGCUCUACUCGGGCAUGCGCACCAGCGGACAGAUGAUGCUCAUGGGAGACUAUGUCAAGUAUGUCGACGAUUUCCGGGCGGCUAUUGCGCGCUGGAACACGACAUGGGGUAAACUGGAGUGCUCCCCAUAUAUCAAGGUCACGCUGCAGAUGGCGUACGAAUAUCUGUGUUUGUACACCAACGCGUUUGCCUUCCAAGCGGCAAUUGCUCAAGCAAUUGCCAGCAAACCCAAGAGUGACGCCCAUUCACUGAGGGACCAUCUCCGAAGUGUGUUCUGUAAUGUUGGUGCGAUGCCCGACGCACGUUUCAUCUGGGCCAGUGUGGCAGCAGCGAAAGCCUACCUGACGCUGCUCAGCACACAAGUGGACCCGAGCAAGUACCUGCGAUACAUGCCGCUGAGGUAUUACCUGUACUGCAUUUAUUCCGCCGUCUUCUUGUACAAGGCUCGCUCGUUUGGGGUGAUGACGGACAUGGAAGAACGGCAAGUUCGACAACUGGUGUUUCAGACUAUGGAAGUCCUCAAGCGAGCAUCUGUAUCUGCUCAGGAUCCGGGAUCCCGCUACGCAAGGUUAUUGGAACUGCUCUGGAUCAAACCGCAGAAGGCACCCUCGCAAUUGCCUCCUCCAAUGCAAUCUCCCGCAGCAUCCGAGGGUCCAUUGUCGUCGAGUGGCAGUGUUCAUGUCGACGCUCAAGGGUACAUGCAAUUCAGUCCGGCCAAUGACUUCUCGUGGCUGGACCUCGAGGCAGUCGGCGAUUACGUCUCUGGCGACCCGAUGACAGGCAAUGGGAUGAACAUGCUUGCUCCGAUGAUGGGGUUCGAGUCAACGUCGACUUUCAUGCCUCAGUCGCAGGCUCAAGGGAUGCAGUGGCAGCAGACCAACAACUCGAUGAAUUGGCCAGUGGACUGGAAUGGCAACUUGUUCUUCUGA